GAGAGGCUUGAGUUGUUAAGCCCCGCCCACUCGGGUUUAGUAUGGCCGCGGUUUCUCUAUGAGUGUUGGGCAGGAGUGAGAUUCUGCUGUUUGUGCCACUGCCAUCGCUUCCCCACAGCUAAUAGCCAUUUAUUGGAGGUUGGCAACAUAUUUGUAAUGCAGUUGUGUCAUUUUUAGGGGCGUUGCUGCUGUACAGGCUGAAGCUGCAGUAAGAGGGCUCUGGCACACGAGGAGAUUUGUUGCCUGCGUUUUUUCCACCAGGCGCUUUGGCGGCAAGUCGCCACGACAAUACCCACGAAGAGAUUUCAUGCGAGUUGAGCUCCAGGCGAUCUGCUACCCAUGCACUCUGCUUUUAGACUGGACUGUGGGCCCUCAAGAUGGCGCAGAAUUCCGGACUUUUCCACUCUGAGGAUCCUGCGGUCUGGCAGAAGGCGUCCGACAUUUACUGGGAUGUCAUUGCGGCCAAAGGAGCCAAGCAAAAGAAACUCGUCUCGUUGGAUAAAUGGUUCCAGGAGGAACUGCCUCCCUGCAUAGCUGCCCGGCCUCACAAACACUUAACUCGGGAGGAGCUGGUGAAACUGAUGGAGUGGAAGCUGACUAGGGGAAAGUUCCGCCCCCGCUUGCAGCAGUUGGUUGCAUCCAAUCCUGAUGGAGCUGUGGAGACCUGCACGGAGAAAGCUUUCAAGCUCCUGCCUGAGGUUUCUGCUGCAAUCAAUGAGCUGUGCCAGCUAAAGGGUAUUGGUCCUGCCACUGCUUCCGCGGUGCUGGCUGCGGGGGCCCCGGAGCUGACAGCGUUUAUGGCAGACGAGGCAGUAGAGAGUAUCCCCGGGCUCACACCCGUGCAGUAUACACUGAAGCAUUACCUGCGCUACUUGGAGGAGUUACGGAAAAAAGCAGCAGCACUGAGCACUGAAGGAUCCAGUGAAAAGUGGACACCGCAUCAGGUUGAACUGUGUCUGUGGGCGUGGGGGGUUGCACGGAAACUCUGCCCCAAUCUCUUGGGGUCUCAGGAAAGUGGGAAGAUUGAGGAGCGGCCCAAGAAAAAACUGAAGACAAAGUGAUAGCUAAAGGGCGUGGCUACCAAUGUCCUUACAGCACUUAGAAUUGGUUAUUAGGCCCAAUAUCUGCCUAUCAUUUAUCUGUUCAACAGAACUUACUGAGCCCAUUCACAUUUCUAUAAAUGAGUGAGAGCUGCCAUAUUGCUUGCCUUGUAAAUCUGUACCCAUUGGUGACAUCAUGGUGAGGGAGGGGCCUGCCACUGACAUCACCAACAGGGAGGGCUCACCAGAAGGUGACACUCAGGGACUCUAGGUCUGGCAGUAGCAAAAUCUGAACCCGCCAUCUGCCCCAAACCCACACUGGCACCCCCUGUUUGUAAUCUUUAACUUGUAUUUCUACCAGAUAAAAAUAACUUCCCCUUGAAAAGCCCAGAUCUACUAUCACAGACUGAAUAUUACCCGUAAGUAAAGUAAAGGGCAAGCAAGCCUUUGUACAGCAUGUAGGUUUUAUUUAACAGCUUCAGGUAACGCAGUUUCACCCUGUACCCACAAAACCAACCGGGUAAAAAAAAAAAAAAAAACCCAUGUGGCAACAACGGAGUUAAUAGAAUAGAAAUUUGCUGUUCGUUCUGGCGGUUGGUUUAUGUGUCCUUUAUUCCCGAGUUCUGUCCAUAGGAAAGAGGCGAGGGGGUCUCCAAAAAUGUCACAAAUGUGUUCAUCUACAGUUAUAUAUAUAUAUAUAUUUUAGGAAUAUUUUUACAUUUAGUCCUAAAUGUUUCUAUUUUAUAAAAUACCCAUAUUUUGAUUACUUUUUAUAUAAAAUACAGAAUUUGCAGUAGGCGGGGCAUGUUUUAAACUGAUGCCGCUUUAUCUUCCCUAAAUAAAAAUAAAUAUUUGCAUUAGAA